AUGGUAGUUCUCACCUGGUCGUGUACAAGACAGACUCCGCGACUCCGUGGACCAGUCCGAUGUCAGGAUUGCUGGAGGGGUCGUGGAAAUCGCCUUCAGCGACCGACCCUUUGGGGCAGUGGUUCGCACCCGAGAGUGCAGCCGCUGACCCCCUGCAGCUCAGCCCCAUGUCGUUAUCGGAGACCACGUCGGUGCGGCGCCGGCAACCAGUGUCGCAACUGCGGCAAGACCUACCGACAGUCGCAGCACAUGCUGCGGCACCGCCGCCAGUGCGAGGGCACCUUCCAGCUGCAGUGCGGCACAUGCGGAGAGGCAGUGGUGUCCAGACAGACCGCCGGCACCCAGUGUCGCAACUGCGGCAAGACGUACCGACAGUCGUACAACAUGCUGCGGCACCGGCGCCAGUGCGAGGGCCUGCUGCACCUGCAGUGCGACCUGUGUGUCCCUUUCGCGUCUGUCGGGUCAAGGUGUAGUCACGCGGCACGAGCGACACAGCCACCGGAAGUGAGGGGUUUCGGGCACUGGUCACGUGACCGGGACACGUCGAGGAGCCGGCGCGGCGCGGGCAACCAGUGUCGCAACUGCGGCAAGACGUACCGCCAGUCGCACAACAUGCUGCGGCACCGGCGCCAGUGCGAGGGCACCUUCCACCUGCAGUGUGCGGCGUGCGGCAAGCGGUUCUUUCGCCGCGACAGCUACAUGGAUCACCUCCAUGUUCACGCCGCUCCACAUGGAAGAACCGGGGGCUACUAA